ACAUAUAGUAUGGACAGGGUUUAUUUCUUGGAAAUUGCAUCUCUUUUAUGUGACAAGGCUGGCACCUAACUAGCACGUGUUAUGAGGCUGAGUGUAAAUAAACAUAAAUAAACCGACUUUCCAGUCGAGAGCCUUGUCUACAGCAAAGCAACCCAGUUUCAAUAUGUCUACCCCGCCAAACACCAACCCCAACGUUUCCACGGAAAAAGAACCAGAUGGUUCAGAAUGCACCAUCCAAACCCUAUACGAAGGGACACCCAAAUGCUCCUGCUGCAAGAACUGGGUCGAGGAAUAUCCAAAAGACCUUCGAACGGCCGUCGAGGAAAAGGCUGAAACCAAGCAAAAGGCGCUCGUCGUGCGCAUGCGCAAGAACCACGGCGAGGGCAAGGCCUUAGUGCUCGACUCAGUCGUUAUCCAGAAUGCAUCGCUGAAGAAGACGCUGAGCGAGGUGUUUGAGGGGUAUAGAGGUAUCACGACGUCGCUGAACAAGGUCGUUUUCAGAGCGCCGUUUCGUCCAUUUUUUUACCGCUGGAAACGCUUUACGAGAAUUUUGGAGAGGCAGGAGAGAGGGGAUCCUGAUGCAGCUGCGUACUCGCGACUUCUGUAUGAUGUGCUGCAUACAGAGUUGCGUGAUGUUAUGGCCGAGGUCAACGAUCUGUUAGCUCAUGGGGUCAUCACGUACUCUUUGCUUUGGGCGCUGUUUGAACCUGCGGUGUGUGUGGUUGCGGCGGCUGCAGGUCAGGAUCGCUUUUUUAUCAUCGACAGCGCUGAGUAUAACGAUAAAGGAUUUCUGGGUAUACAGGCCCGAUUCGUGGAUUGGGACGGCCAGCGCUUUGGAUAUGCGACAGGAUGUCUGGCGAUCGGCGCGUACAGUGGUACACGACGUAUCACAGAUCUGGGUGUAUUCCCUGCAUCAUUCCAUCCAGCACAGAAAGAAGCUGAAGAAAGGGCGAUUCUUCGAGGGCAGAAAUUUCGAGACCUGCAUGGGUUUCACUACAAGGCGUACUCGGGGCUGAUGCUGGAGCAGGUCCAGAGAAAGCAGGUCAAGCGUAAUGUAGACGGACGUGUCAUCAUAGAUGCUGCAUCGUACUUUCACGAUAUUCCAGAUGAAGCCAUCUGUCUGGCUGCCUUGGACUCGGCCAUUACACCCCAAAUCAACGUCUCCGAUGACCAGCACGUAGGACCCCUUCCAAUGGCUGGUAGGUGUCGGAUCCCAGCUUUGCAGCGUGGUGAUCGACUCGGGCAGAAUAAGCUGGAGAUAGGAGAGCUGACAGUGGAGGAGAGAAUUGAACCUGUGCUGCAUACCCUCACCGACAAACAACUCCUUCUGUGCACCACCCACGUCCGGGGAUACUCACUCAAGACAAAAAGCUGGGGCAAAUUCAACGUAGACCAAAUCAGCGACAUAACCUGGAACGACGACGCAUUUCCUAACCUCAUGCUACCCACGGGAUACAAGAACCUAAUCCUAUCCUUCCUAGAAGGCCAAUCCGCCAACAAAGGCGACUUUGACGACAUCAUCCAAGGCAAAGGUCUAGGCAUUAUCAUGCUGCUUGUCGGAAACCCAGGAACAGGCAAGACACUCACAGCCGAAGCUGUCGCUGACAAGAUGCGAAAACCACUAUAUAUACUCAGCGCCGGAGAGCUGGGCCAUAAUGCUAAACCCGUCGAGUCGCGGCUGAACACCGUGCUGGAGCUUACAGAAAAGUGGGAUGCCAUAUUGCUGUUUGACGAGUGUGAUGUAUUUCUGCAGGAGCGGUCGAUGAGCCAGUUGACGCAUAAUGAGAUUGUCGCUGUUUUUCUUCGCCUCCUCGAAUACUACCGCGGCAUCUUGUUCAUGACGACCAACCGCGCCGAUUCCAUCGACCGGGCCUUCCAAAGUCGCAUCCACCUGACCCUGCACUAUCCCGACCUCGAACCAACACCCAAAGACCAGAUCUGGCGACGGUUCGUCAGCCAGUCCAAAGGGGCCAGCUCCGAGGUGACAGAUGAGGAGUAUCAACGUUUGGCACUGCUUCCUAUGAACGGACGGCAGAUUAAGAAUGUUGUCAAGAUAUCUAACCUUCUUGCUAUCCAGGAGAAGAGAGCGCUUAAGAUGGAGCAGAUUCGGACGGUUUUGCAUGCUACGAGAGAGAUUGAUGCCGAACUACAUGGGAUAUAGUCUUGUCUAGUCCUGAUGAUUGAUAUAUAUGAUAUAUUGUUUGAUUUGACAGCACAUGGCUAUUUAAUCGGAACAUAAUUUGUAUCCCGUUUGAGAUGGAGCUGAGGCUGGCUUUUGCGCCGUGGCCUCCGCUAAAUGCGAGAAAGGGGAUGUUGUGGUUACUUGCGUAUUUCACCUGCACGGUCAGCUAUGGGAAUACUAUACGGGUUCAUUUGACGGGUUCGCU